ACUCACUUCUCAUUUCACUAAUUAUUCAAACAAAAACCCUUUCGUUUCUUUUUAUCUACCACCACCAAACCACCAUGUUUCACACCUCUCCGCAGGUAUAACUUGGUGAAGCCAAACAUAUGUCACUCAUUCGAAAUACCCUUUUCCAAAUUUGUUUUCUUUUUUUAUUUAGUCUAAAUUAAUUCAAACUCGACUCAUUCGAGAGGCUUAAAUUAAGGAAUUGAGAAUGUUGUGUCGUAAAAAUUCAACCAGGGAAAGGAGGGGAUCCAUUCCGGUUUAUCUCAAUGUGUAUGAUCUCACAUCUUAUAAUGGCUAUGCUUACUGGCUCGGUCUUGGUGCUUAUCAUUCCGGUGUGCAAGUUCAUGGAAUUGAGUAUGCAUUCGGAGCUCAUGAGUAUCCCUCGACUGGAAUCUUCGAAGGGGAACCAAAGCAAUGUGAAGGAUUUACAUUCAGGAAGUCGAUACUGGUUGGCUGGACGGAGAAGAGUAGUAAAGAAGUGAGAAAAGUAAUGGAAGAGCUCUCGAAAGUGUACAAAGGGAAUGCAUACAAUCUCAUAACCAAGAACUGUAACCAUUUCUGCAAUGAGGCUUGCAUUAAGCUCACUGGGAAUUCUAUUCCCAGAUGGGUUAAUCGACUCGCCAGAAUUGGUUUUUUGUGCAAUUGCAUGAUUCCAGUGAGCUUAAACACAACGAAAGUCGGGCAUGACAAAAUGGAAAACAAGGGAGUUGGCGAAGGGGAAAAGAAGAAGCUGAGAAGCCGAUCAAAAAGGCAAACACAAACUACUUCCUCCAAUUCGUCUUCUUCGACAUCUUCUCCGCCAUUUGUUCUUCGUUCCCCUCCGCCAUCCUCUUAGAUCAUAGUUCUUUCAUUUUCUUUUUUCUUUUUGGGGAAAACUAAUUUCACAGUACAAUAUUUUCUUCCCUUUAAACUUGUUUAUUCUUGUUUCCUUUGUGUUUGUACAAUGCUAACAGUUUUGAAAUGGGAUUUGAACUUGGUUUA